GGAAACUCUGGGCGGGGCUGGCAGGAGGCAGGCGGAGCUCGGGCCGCGGGGUCCGAAGGGUCUGAGCCAGUCGGAGGAGCCCUGGGGAGACGUGCGGCCGCCAUGGGGCAGAUCGAGUGGGCCAUGUGGGCCAACGAGCAGGCGCUGGCAUCUGGCCUGAUCCUCAUCACGGGGGGCAUCGUGGCCACAGCGGGCCAGUUCACCCAGUGGUACCUGGGCACGUACUCCAUUGCGGCAGGAGUUCUCAUCUGCCUGCUGGAGUACCCCCGGGGGAAGCGGAGCAAGGGCUCCACCAUGGAGAGGUGUGGACAGAAGUACAUGACCAGAGUGGUGAAGCUGUUCGGGCCCCUCACCAGGAAUUACUACAUCCGGGCCUUCCUGCACCUUGGGCUGUCGGUACCUGCCGGCUUCCUGCUUGCCACCAUCCUGGGGACAGCCUGCUUGGUCAUCGCCAGUGGCAUCUACCUGCUGGCGGCCAUCCGUGGCGAGCAGUGGACCCCGAUCGAGCCCAAGCCCAAGGAGCGGCCGCAGGUGGGGGGCACCAUCAAGCAGCCGCCCAGCAACCCCCCGCCCCGGCCCCCGGCCGAGGCCCGCAAGAAGCCAGGAGAGGAGGCGGCGGCAGCUGCGGGGGCCCCCACGGGUGGCCCCCAGGAAAACCCUGUGCCAGUGACAGACGAGGUGGUGUGACCAGGGCCGGAGCUCCGGCAGCCCCUACGCCCGGGCACGCCUGUGGCUGCGGCCCCUUCCCCGUUCACCCCUGGCUGCGCGGUCGUCUCCUGAGCUGCACUGGAGCCUCAGUGCCUCGCCUGUUCCCUGAAACACGUAUCUGGAACCCCU